GGUCAAAGUUGAAAAUGUAGACAACAGAAACAGCAUGGAGACGGAGCUGGGAAGCAGGAGCAGAGUCCCAGCUAAAACCUCUGAAAAAGGUGGGAAACGCGUCAAAGCACUGACUGCUGAAGAAGAUGCAAGAAGGAGAGAGGUGGUGAAGGAGAAGUUAUGGGAGAAGUUGGAGCUGGAGAAAAGAGCCCUGAAGGUAGUGGAACGUCUCCUGGAGGACAGUGUAUCUGAAGACUUCCUGGUCGACUGUGCAAGGUUCAUUACUCCUGCUAGUUACAAAGAUGCUAUAGAGGAGAGAUUCAUUGCUAAACUGUGUGGUUAUCCCAUAUGUUCAAAUAAACUGGUCAAGAUCCCAACUCAACAGUAUAAAAUUUCUACUAAGACCAAUAAGGUAUACGACAUCACAGAGUGCAAGUGUUUUUGUAGUAACUUCUGCUACAAAGCCUCCAAAGAGUUUGAGCUACAAAUAUCAAAUACACCUCUUUGGCUCAGGCAGCAUGAAAGUCCUCCAGAAAUUAAACUGAUGAAGAAAGGAGAUGGCAGGAGCUCUGGUGAGGAGGUGAUGCUGUUAGAGCGGCGUCUCCAAGAGGAGGAUAUCGAGGACCCACUCGCUGCUCAACCUGAGGACCUUUACAGCUGUCAGCAGCGUUCUGCUGCAGCUGGCCUCAGCCACAGCGAAAGCAGCGACAUUGAACAGGAGCAGGACUUCGUCUCCAGCGUGGUUUCACAGUGGCAGGGACCCAGGGUGCACUGGGGCGACCUGCCUAAACAUAGAGAUGAAGACAAGAAAGGUGAACGAGGGAAGAUUGAGAGGCAAAAGAAACAGAGGAGGGAGGGAGAUGAAGAGGAGAUUGAGCGUCGUCAAAGUCGGGACGCAGAGAGGGAGGGAAAAAUGAGAGAAGACGAGAAUAGACGGGAGUCGCUUUCAUGUAAAAGAGAAGCUGGAACUGAUGCUGAGAAACGCAAACAGCUGCUCUCAUUAAACACAGACAAACCUAAUGGAGAACAGGUGCCAAAGGAGAAAGGCUUGCCUCAGGAACCCAGUGUGGAAGAGGCUACAGCUAAGCUGAAUUUGUGCAGUUUAUCUGAGACAGUCACUCACGCUGCUCCCCUGCCUGUUGACUCAACAGCCACACAAGUAGAUCUACUCACCUCUCCACCUUGUAAAGACUCAAAACCCUCAACAGAAAGCAAAAAUCUCCCUUCUUCAACUCUGAUCAACACGAAUCAGGACAGCCACAACAUGGCAUUGACCAGCCAGGCAGGCCUCGACAUCACCCAGGUGGGUAUGAGCAAGAGAGGGGCAGCAGGGCUACGAGAUCUACUCAAGAACCGUACUGCUGGAGCCAAAUCCGAAUCCACCCGGCUGAAUCUCCUCGAGCACCUGAGAAGAACAUUAAAGGACUGGAGCACUGACAAGACCCUGAAGUUCCUGUACGGCACUGACCAUUCAUUAGACUCUCCUUUUGCUGAUGUUAAAGAAGACGAAGAAGGAGAGGAGCUGGAUGAAGACGACCUUGAGGAUGAGGUGACCAAUGAGGAGGCAAAAGAGGGUGAUGCUGGGGUGCAGAAGAGACCGUCUGCCGCAGCUCCGGACUACAAGAUGCUGCAGAAAGAGAGCCAGCAGCUGGAGCUAAGAGUCAGGGAGUUUUACAAGGGGACCUGGAUUCUGCCUGAGGAGGUAGAGGACCCGGAUGGAAACGAGGUGACAGCCCAGGACCAGAGCACGAAGAACCCGGUUCUGCCACUCCUUGACUCACAUGCUCAGCACGUCAUCCAGAAACGAAUCACAGUGGAGAAGCUCACAAGCUGUCUCAGAAUCAUUGUCGGCCCUCUGCGUCUCACCAUGAGUGACGUCUCCACUGACCUGAACAACCUGGUCAGGACCUUCAGCUGUUUAGCUUUGACGUCUCAAGAAGACAGAAAACACUGUGUUAAAGGGGCAUCAUGGUUCACAUCAAUGUAUUUAAAGGUUCACCAACACAAACAUCAUCCACAAAACUCCAGAGUGGACCCUCAUAGCUGUUGUGCUUCUCCAUCUGUUGUCAGAGGUGUCUCUGGUGGUGCGGGAAGCCUUGGAGACGGCAGCAUCAGUGGAGUAUUUGAACACACUGAUGGAGGAGCUCGGUCUACAGGAGCAGGACCUUCUGAACUUAGUCCGGCUGUUUAAAACCCCGGCACUCUGAAAGAGACACACACACACACACACACACACACACACACACACACACACACACACACAGCCAGACAUGGACAUAUGAAUAAUGAAUAUACUCUCAGGAUCUCUGACUUAAUAAAGUAGAUAUUUGGGUAUGUUUGUUUUCCACAAAUAAAGUUGUUUGUAAUAACCUUUAA